AUGCUCCUGACUAAUCUCCAAUUUACAUCCCGAGAGUUGUCAGAUUAACGCAGCAUCUGUUCAUUGAACUGCUCAGUCUUGAGCCACUAAGAGCACCAAAGCAUCGGUGCUCCUCAUAAAGCUGAGCCGUCACCAUGGAAACCCAAACAGAUGUUAUUCCUAUCUGGCAAAACAAGCCUCAUGGAUCCACUCGCAGUGUGGUGAGAAGAAUAGGCUCCACUCUUCCACUCAAACCCCCACAAAGGGCAUGUUUCCAGGAACUACCUGGUCUUCCCUCACUUCGCCCUAUGGAUGGCCCCAUAGUUCCAACCUUGGCAGAUAUUGCCUGGAUUGUUGCAGAUGAAGAAGAGACAUACGCCAGAGUGCGGAGUGACAGUCGCCCUCUCAAACACGAAUGGAGGCCCACGCCGCUCCUGGUGCUACACAGGAACUCGUCGGUGCCCAACUUCCGACGGGAGGGCAAGCGGAUGGAGGGCCUGAGGAAACCUGGGGUGACUGCGCUCAACCGCACCACCGCCCUGCAGGAUGAGCUGAGCAAACUUCGAGCGCAGAUUGCAAAGAUUGUGGCCGAGGACACUGGAUCCAACCCAUUGACUCCUGACCUGCUCUCACCUGACGACACCACCAUGAGCUUUUCCAUGGCGCCCUUCGAGACCGCCCCCUACCAGCCGGCGGCCACGGUAGCCGCCUCCUUCGUCAUUAGCGACGUCACAGAGGAAGAGGAGGAGGAGGAAGACGACGAAAAGGAUAUGGUGUCGGUGGUGUCGGAGCUGGUCCCCGAUCCCCUCCCGCCGGUUUCCAUGACGGCGUCGGCCACCUUUGACCUGGACAGGCCCAGCAUGGACUACCGCGAGGCGGAGGAGGACACGGUGUCGUUGUCCAAGUCCACCAGCUUUGCAGACGUGAUGGACAUCCUGAAGGACAUGAACCGUAUGAAGAUGAGCAAAGACAGAUUUAACAGAGGCUGCACGUCCCUGAGAGAGGAGGACUCUGCUUCUCUGAUCUCUGAAGCACUAAGGAAAAAAUUUGUCCUGAAGGAAGAAGACAGCGUUGCCGGCAAGCCCAUUUAGUUGACCCUGGCUUGCCGCUGCUCCAUGCCUUCUCCCGUGAACUGUCAUGGUUUGCAGCCUCGCUCCUCAGACCUCAAUGCAGUAGCUGCCUGCUGCCAGUUAGUUAACAAAUCUCUUCUAGUCCAAUUUUUGCUCGAGGUUUCAGAACAAUAACUCAGACUGUUUCAACUGAGGAGUGACCAGUGACCCAAUAAGGAGCACUUUUUAGCCAUCCAAAAGGACGGUUUUUAAUUGGGAUGUUGUUGUUUUUUCCCCACUUUCUAUACCCUACUUGAAUAGGUUUGCGAGUACAAUUUAAAGUCAGUGUAUACGUUGAGCUUAAAUGGCUCAAACAGGAGGGCGGGAGGACCUAUAUGUGUUUUCUCAUAACUUUGUACAGGAGAUGAGUGGUGAUUAUAAAUAUUCCUGGUGACGCCUUACCGUCUGUUGCCUGUUCAGAUGUCUGAUUUUAGUCACUCACCCACCCCCGAUUUGUGCCACAACUUCAUUUUUAUCAGCCCAUUCCUUAUUGCCUAACCAUUUUUGUUAACAUUUGUUUAGUGUGCUAUUUUUCCCCCCCUUCACCAAAUUACCAAAACAUAUGUUGGAAUGACCCCACCACAAAAAGGCUUGCUGUUAUGCCACUUUUAUUUCACCUUGCAUUCUUUCCCCUUCUAUCACUAUUAAAUGAAGACAUUUCAUAGUCACCUGACAAGUUCAAUUAUACCUCGGUUUCUCACCAUUGAGCCUCUUUGUUGGGUUGAACACAAUUCUACAUUGCUAGAAUAUGCAUGUUGUUUUUUUAUGUAUUGAUUUGUAAAUAAAAAUGGGAAAAUGUUUUGAAACUAA